CUCUCCUGCUGCAGCGAUGGCGUCUGCUGAUGUGAGACAGGAGCUGGACUGUUCCAUCUGCCUGAGCAUUUAUACAGAUCCUGUAACCCUGAGAUGUGGCCACAACUUCUGCCGGGUCUGUAUUGAUCGUGUGCUGGAUACACAGGAGGGGGCUGGAGCUUAUACCUGUCCUGAAUGCAGAGCAGAGUGUCAGGAGCGUCCUGCACUGCAGAGGAACAUAACGCUGUGCAACAUAGUGGGGAGUUUCCCGUCUACUCGGCCAGAUCAGGAGGAGACUGGGAUCUUCUGCACUUACUGUGUGGACUCUCCUGUACCUGCUGCUAAAUCCUGUCUGCUGUGUGAGGCUUCUCUGUGUGAUAAACACCUGAGAGUACACAGCAAGUCACCAGAGCACGUCUUAUGUGAUCCCACCACUGCCCUGGGGAACAGGAAAUGCUCCGUCCAUAAGAAGGUCCUGGAGUAUUACUGCACUGAGGACGCUGCCUGUAUCUGUGUGUCCUGCUGUCUAAUCGGGGUACACAGAGGACAUCAGGUGGAGUCUCUGGAUGAGGCCUCUGAGAAGAAGAAGGAGAAGCUGAGGAAUGUUCUGCAGAAACUGACCACAAAGAGAGCUGAGACUGAGAAAAAAGUCCAGAGUCUGCAGGAGUGCAGGAGAGGACAUCAGGAGAAAGCAGCGGGUGAAACAGAGACAGUCACUGCCCUGUUUAAAGACAUCAAGCGACAGCUGGAAGACCUGGAGAAGAGAGUCCUGAUUGAGAUCUCCAGACAGGAACAGCGCGUUUCACUUUCAGUCUCUGAUCUGAUCCAGCAGCUGGAAAUAAAGAAGGACGAGCUGUCCAGGAUGAUGCAUCACAUUGAGGAGCUGUGUAACAUGUCUGAUCCAGUGACUGUCCUAAAGGAACCAGACACAGGGGACUUGUGUGAUACUGAGGACACAGAGGGACAUGAUAACCAGGUCCGUGGUUUAGGAGAUCUGGAUGUGGGUCUCAUCUCAGGGACAUUACACACAUUAUCUGAUAUAAUAACAGGUAUAAAUAUAGGGAUCUAUGUGCAGGAGGCUGCAGACGUAUUACUGGAUGUUGAUACAGCUGGUGAUACAGAAUCUGAUAUAAUAACAAGUAUAAAUACAGGGAUCUAUGUGCAGGAAGCUACAGACAUAUUGCUGGAUAUAACCACAGCUGGUAAUAAUGUACAGAUAUCAGGUGACAGGAAAACUGCAUCUGGCACAGAUAUAAACCAGUAUCGCCCAGUAACACCAGAGAGAUUUCAGUGUAAUCAGGUAAUAAGCACCAGGACAUUCUCCUCAGGGCGACAUUACUGGGAGGUGGAUGUCAGUAAGUCAGUGUACUGGAGGGUGGGGAUGUGUUAUCCCAGUAUAGGCGGGAGAGGACGUGAUUCACUCGUUGGUAAUAAUAACAAGUCCUGGUGUCUGUGUAGGAAUAAUAAUCAGUACUUCGAGAUACAUGAAAGGAUACAGACCCAAUUACCUGACAAUAUCCGCUGUGACAGAGUGAGGGUGUAUCUGGAUUAUGAGGCAGGACAGAUGUCCUUUUAUGCUCUGUGUGACCGGAUCAGACACUUACACACCUACACUGCCACCUUCACUGAGCCCCUCCAUGCUGCUUUAGGUGUAUGGGGAAGAGCUUGUAUUACUAUAUCUGGAUGAGUCAGGAGUUGUGAGGAAUUACACUAAGACAUCUUCCCAGAAAUUGGUGAUGACACAGGUGUGUGUGUGUGUGUGUGUGUGUGUGUGUGUGUGUGUGUGUGAGAUAUGAUUGAUGGGACACUUAUCCAAUAGAGAGAUGUAAUGGGUGGAGCUACAGCUCCUGCUUUGUGUAACCAGGAGGUAAACAUACCACAGGGCAGAGCCGGACCUAGGCCUAGGCAAACUAGGCAAAUGCCUAGGGGCACAUGCAGCUUCUGCUGAUUAAAAUGAUAUGCGGCAUGCCUAUAUUCUGUGUGCGACUGCGGCUGUAUUUGCAUACUGCAUGCU